AAUCCUCCAAGAGGCCCUCCUCUUGCUCCACACCAUCACAAAAACAAAAAACAAAAACGAAAGAAAAAGAGAGAUAUCACAACACAAUCACACUCAUUCCUCACUCACCGCAAAAAUGGCGUCCUUGCAUCAUCCCACCGCUUCCCUCCAAUCCAAACACGUCCUAAUUCCCGGAAAGUCCCUUGCCCAGAAACCCACGCUCACCGUCUCCUUCCCCCGCUCCACCUUCUCCGCUCUCAAGCUCAAGCUCGCCGCCGCUACCCGCCGCUCCAACGGCGCCGCGGGCGCCAGAAUGUCGGCCACGGUGUCCUCCAGCUACGCCUCGGCCCUGGCUGACGUGGCGAGCGCCAACAACACGCUGGACGUCACCGCCGCCGACAUCGAGAAAGUCAGCGAGCUGUUCUCGGACCCGACGGUGUCGGACUUCUUCGCGGACCCCACGCUGGACGUGAAGAAGAAGCGGCAGCUGGUGGACGAAAUCGCCGAGUCCUCGGGGUUCCAACCGCACACCAGAAACUUCCUCUACAUCCUGGUGGACGCGCAGAGGAUCGAUCUAAUUAACGAGAUAGCGAGGGAGUUCGAAUUGGUGUAUAACAAGUUGACCGAGACGGAGCUGGCGGUGGUGACUUCGGUGGUGAAGUUGGAGUCCCAGCACCUGGCGCAAAUCGCGAAGCAGGUUCAGAAGCUUACUGGGGCCAAAAACGUCAGGAUCAAGACCCUCCUUGACCCUGGUUUGGUGGCCGGUUUCACUGUGAGGUACGGCAAUUCUGGCUCCAAGUUGAUUGACAUGAGCGUCAGGAAGCAGCUUGAGGACAUUGCUGCUCAGCUUGAGUUGAGUGAUAUCACACUCGCCGUAUAGCCCUCUCUUCCUUCUCUAUCGUCAUAUCUUUUUCUAUUCCAUUUCGUUUCCUAUUAUUUUUGGGCUAAGUAUAAUGUGUAUGUAUCAAUGAGAUAUGAUGAACGAUUUCUCACA